ACCAAAAAGAAAAAGAAAAAUAUUGACCAUUUACAUUAAAGACGAUAUUAUUUAUGAGCUUAACAUCAACGCAACUUCUAGAAAAGCAUUAUCACAUUUAUUAACCAUUUUCUUCAAGCACAAACUAUAGAUCUUGAACUCAGAGGAAUUUUGAAGAAGAAACUGAAACUGAAUCAAAGAUGUCGUGGCAAACAUAUGUUGAUGAGCACUUGCUUUGUGAGAUUGAAGGUAAUCAUCUCAUUUCUGCUGCUAUUAUCGGCCAAGACGGAACCGUUUGGGCUCAAUCUGCCAAUUUCCCUCAGUUCAAGCCAGAAGAAAUAACAGGCAUAAUGAAUGACUUCGCGGAACCUGGAACACUUGCUCCAACUGGUUUAUAUCUUGGGGGAACAAAAUACAUGGUGAUUCAAGGAGAGCCAGGAGCAGUGAUCCGAGGGAAGAAGGGUCCAGGUGGUAUCACCAUUAAGAAGACCAACCAGGCUUUGAUCAUUGGAAUAUAUGAUGAGCCAAUGACUCCUGGACAGUGCAAUAUGAUUGUUGAAAGGCUGGGUGACUAUCUUAUUGAGCAAGGUCUCUAGGCAUAUUGUGUAUUAGUAUCAUCCUUACAGCUGCUGUGGCCGUUUGGCCGUUAACAAGUCAUCAUGCGUGCUGUUUACUGAGGAGAAGUUUGUAAUCAUCAACUGCUCUAUCAUUGUAUUUCUUUGUUCUAUGAUUUUACUGAUAUAAGCUUUUGUCAUUGAGCACUUGGUUGGUUGGUUAUAUAUAAUGAAGAAUUGCUUAAA